AAAAGACUCCGGGAUUUCAUCUCCUUUCCCCAGCUCCCUGCUGUCCUGUGAAAGCCGGAGCCAGCCAGCGGCACGGGACUGCACGCCAAGAAGGAUCUCAGCAUCCAGGAAUGGAGCGUGGGUGCGGGUGUGAGUGAGCGCCCACCCAGGAGCCUGCGAGCCCACGGCGGCCGAUGGUGGGGGCUGGCAGGCCCGCUUCCAAGCGGGUUUUCCUGGGACAGCUGGAGCUGCCGGCAGGGUCAGGAUGUGACAUCACUGACCGGAGAAAAACCCUCGGCCCCGGCUUCUCUAACGAAACCCCCGUGAGCGCUGGAGCGAGGCAGUUCUCCCUGCCGCUGUUGCUGCUGCGAUCCCCAAACUGCCGAUAGUCCCGACAGAGAGCCUGGCUUGGACUUUGUAUAUUUUUAAUUUUUUUUUUUUUCUUUUUCCUGGAUAAGAGCAGAAAGCGCAGCGGAGGGAUUUGAGACUGGAAGCCGCCGUGCCGGGGGAUGAGCUCGCAGGCCUGAAGCACCCGGUGUUUGGAAUUACGGCUCUGACAACAGCGUAAUCACCCUUGGGACUGAACCAGAGCUCUUGGACACCACUGAGGCCAUUGGACACUUCUUUUUCAGGGCUUACAGCAAGUUACUGCUAGUAGCAGUGAGGUCUCAGCUCCCAGGAAUGAGAAACCUCCAUCCCUGAAGACGCCAGCCCUGGGUUUCAUGUUGCUCUGAGCCUCUGCCCUCACCCUGGCUGGCCCUGCCCGCAAUGGCCCUGUGUCUCAAGCAAGUCUUCAACAAAGACAAAACGUUCCGUCCCCGAAAGAAGUUUGAGCCGGGCACGCAGCGCUUUGAGCUGUACAAGAAAGCCCAGGCCUCCCUCAAGUCCGGGCUGGACCUGAAGGCCGUGGUGCAGCUGCCUCCCGGCGAGAGCAUCAACGACUGGAUCGCCGUGCACGUGGUGGACUUCUUCAACCGCAUCAACCUCAUCUACGGCACCAUGUCGGAGUACUGCACCGAGAGGAGCUGCCCCAUCAUGUCCGGGGGGCUCAAGUACGAGUACAGGUGGCAGGACGACAGCAAGUACAAGAAGCCAACCAAGCUGUCGGCCCCACAGUACAUGUGCAUGCUGAUGGACUGGAUCGAGAUGCUCAUUAACAAUGAGGACAUCUUCCCCACCAGGAUAGGUGUUCCCUUCCCCAAGCAGUUCCAGCAAGUUUGCACCAAGAUCCUCACCCGCCUCUUCCGUGUCUUUGUGCAUGUCUACAUCCACCACUUUGACAGCAUCAUCAACAUGGGUGCUGAGGCUCACGUCAACACCUGCUACAAGCACUUCUACUAUUUCAUCAGGGAGUUCAGCCUCAUCGACCACCGGGAGCUGGAGCCUUUGAAAGAAAUGACAGAACGAAUUUGCCACUGAAAUCUUCUGGCAGACGAACUCAGCUGGCUCACUCAGAGUCCGGUGGGACAAGACACCCUGUGGUGGGAGCCCUCUCCCCUAGGACUUGCUCUGGGCA